AGCGGUUUCUGACGGUGGUUUAGAUACAGGUUUUAGUUUUAAAGUGUACGAGUUUAUGGUGUUUAUACGCGUUGGCAGCCAAUGUUACAGCAGUUGCUCUGAAAAUAUAGCUGGUCUACCGGUCUGUAAUUAAGCUGUUGGAGGAGCUGUAGCGAUGGAAAGACGAAGUUCACCAGGGAAGGGAAACAGGGGUACAUUUUAUCGUCGUUGGAAGGGCUUUGUCAGACCGGCAUCAUCACCGCAUCCUGCGUGAUCUUGUGGGAGGGAGAUUUAAAAACCUCUGCCUAAUUCAUCCAGCCGCUGCCUUAGCAUAGCUUUAGCAUUAAUGCGCUUUAACACACUCGCAGCAUUCCCCUCUGCAUACGGGGAGUGCAGUCUCUAUGAAAUAAGGCAGAAGACGUAUUUGUCUGCAAGCCAUUUGCCGUGUAACUGUGUAGCAAACGCAUUUUAGCUGAAAGUUUUGUGCGUUCAGUCUGCAGCAGAGGAAGAGUGUAAAACUCUGUAGUACUAUACCAUUUUAUUAAUCGAUUGAUAUUGAUUCAUCUUGGUUUAAAGCAGUUUGGAGUUUUAUCUCAGGUUAUGGGUAAACAAAACAACACGAAAUGUUAAAAACAAGAAUUCAUGUACCUGCAGUUUGUUGCAAUAUGGACCAAACCCCUUGAAGGCCAAACUUAACAAAACCUUGGUAAACAGUAGACUGUGGAACCAGGACCAAAUGCUGAUCCCUCUCUUCCUCUCUCCUCCCUGCGCCUUUUGGUUCCCCCUCUACGACUGUUCUCUGCAGCCAUGUGGCAAGUGGUGCAGCAGCGAGACAUGAUGCAUUAUGGGAAACUGGAGGAGUUUGUGACUUUGGUGACAGAGGCAGUCCCAGAGCUGCUGAGUUACAGACAGAGCAGCUACCUGAUUCUGGCCCUGCGAGCGAGGAGCUCUGAUGUGAAGGUGGAGGUGUCAGAAGCUGAUUUUGUGGAGCUGGUCCAAACCCUGCUGAAAGACCCAGCUGAGAGAGAGCACUUCCUCCAGCUGGGUCCCAGUUAUGACUCAGCUCUGCAGAUGCUGGUGUGGGAGUUCCUCUCCAGACUGGAGCAGCUGCUUCCAGUACCAGACCUCAAACAGACUGUGUCCUGGCUCAUUGCUGCCCCCACUGUCCUGGAGGAGUGUGUGCAGUCUGCCUCUGACCCACAGCAGCUUAAGGUCCUACUCCAGCACUACAGAUGUGUUGGACACUUGGACAGGAAUGUGACUCCUCCCUCCAUAGACAACUGUAUCCUGUCCUCACUUUCCCUCCCACCUUUUGGAAAAAUUGAUGAUUCAGCUGAACUGAUUUUAUGUGAUAACCAAUCAGAACCUGCAUAUGGCUCCAAAAAGUUAAGAACCACCUCUUCAGGUGAAGAGAUGACAGAAUCUGUGAUGGACAGCAGAGAUUACACAGUAGUGGAGCUGGGAUCAGGUCUAAACAGAAGUGAAGACAUAGAGGAGAGGAUGAAGAGGAAGACUGGAUAUGGGAUGAGCAGGGAGGAGAUAGACAUGCUAUCCAACAUAAAGGAGGAGGAAGAGGAAGAAGGUGGGGACAGUAAGGAGAUGGAGAAGGAGGAUGUGAUGGAAGAGGGCUCACUGAGGCAGAACGGACAGUUCAUGAUCCAGAAGAGGGAGAUGAUUGGCAGCUCCAAGAUCCCACUGAAACAGCCCCCAGAUUCAUCAGAGCCAGAGGCAGACAGCUGA